AUGACGACGAAGCAGAAGUCGUCGAUUCAAGUGCAGCAACUCCAGCAACAGAAGCAGAAGAGCAGGACAAAUAAUAAAAAGAAAAAGCCCCAACAGAAGAAGAAACCCAAGCAGCAGCAGACAGUAAAUGCAGAAGCGGUUGCUGCGGCUAGUGCAAGUCGCUCAGGCCACCUGCAGCGCGAAAUUGCGAGUGCGAAGACCCGCGAGCUGGCACGCACGUGGAAGCGACGAGGCUCGACUGCUCCGCUAAAUCCGCAGGUUACCGCUUUAGAAACGUCUUUGAACGCGCUAUUCGAUGAGUUCUGCGAUACCUUCCAACCAGUGGGGGAACGCUCAAAAACAAAGAAGCUUGCGCUGUAUGCGUACAAGCCUAUCACGAUGAACCUCGGGCAGAUGAAGAACGACCCCGCCAACGGCUCAACGCAGUCCAUUCCGUCUCUCAAGCGCACGCUAAGCGGCGGUGCUGCUAGCAGCGUUGGCCACGGACACGCGGGCGGUCUGUCCAGCCACUUGGGCGUGGGUAUGAACAACAUGAACUCGAUCCCGUCGGUGCUACACGCGACGCCCAACACGAAUCCGCCACAGAUUCUGCGUGCUGUGACGUCGUCGGGCGCGUACAAUCGCCCGUCGACCAAUCAGACGCUCCGCGGAGGCAGCAGCGGCCUCUCGACUACGGGCACUGGCGGUUCUACCGUGGCUAGCACCAACGUGAGUGCCACGACCGCUACACGCAGCGUCUCUCAGUCGUCUACUAUGCAGGACUGGAGGAUGUAUCUCACUAUCGAAGAGCGUCAGGCAGUGCGCUCUAAGAUCCGUGACGCCUACACGAGCCGCUGCUCUACCUACGAAGACCUACUGCAAGUGGCCUGUGCUAUUGAGGAGGAAUUGCUGCACAUUUCGGCGCCGUCGCGUCUGGAUUACUUCAAAAGCGGCUUCGAGUUCGAGAACCGCGUCAAGUUGAAAAAGGAUCAGCUGCAGGGCCAAUUGGCCGCAUUGGACGCCAAGCGGCGGUCAUCGAGUAUCGGUCAACAGCAGCAGCAGCAGGGAACACCGAACAGUGGCAGCAGCGGCAACAAAACAGUAGGAUCGGCCAAGAAACAGAGGAAUUAG